AUGUACACCUGCGCCAAGCUCGUCUGCACCCCCGCCCUGGUCCGUGCUGGCUCCCGAGCUCUGAGCAGACCGAUUUCAGCAUCGUUGUUGUCUCGGCCAGAGGUCAGGACUGGCGAGGGGAACACUGCACUACCUUGCAGCACCAUAGCACUCAGGAAUUUCCAGACUAGUGCAGUCAGCCGAGAUAUUGACACUGCUGCCAAAUUUAUUGGUGCUGGCGCAGCCACAGUUGGAGUGGCUGGUUCUGGGGCUGGCAUUGGAACAGUGUUUGGAAGUCUAAUCAUCGGCUAUGCCAGGAACCCUUCUCUGAAGCAACAGCUUUUCUCUUACGCUAUCCUUGGAUUUGCCCUGUCUGAAGCCAUGGGUCUGUUUUGUUUGAUGGUUGCAUUCUUGAUCCUGUUCGCCAUGUGA